AUGGGCGUGGGUGUUCACUUCCUCUUGGCCACCGCCCUCCUCCUGGCGGCGGUGCUGGUGGGCACGGCCAAUGCCCACUCGGACGCCCCCUCUCGUGCCGUCGGGGUCGAAGCGGCAGUGCGCGUGUCGGCGUCCCCCUCGGCCCUGCGCCAUACCGGCGAGUGGGUGGAGGUGUCGUUCGAGGGCGUGGGGUCGCCCCACAAGGGCGAUUGGGUGGGCGUGUACUCCCCCGCCGACGCCGACGUACACUCCACGGCUCCCGUUAAGUGGCAGCACGCCGACGUGUCGGCGGAGUACCUGCGUACGGGAGCGGGCAAGCUGCGCUUUCGGCUGAUCAACAUGCGGGCCAGCUACGUGUUCCACUUCAUGCGCAACGGGACCGCUCACCCCGUGCUCGUCUCCUCCUCCAAUCAUGUGACGUUUGCCAACUACAACGAGCCCACGCAGGGGCGCAUCAUGCUCACGGGGCGGCCCAGCGAGAUGCGGGUCAUGUGGACCACCCUCAACGCCUCCCGGCCCGCUGUGCGCUUCGGCACCGCCACGGGGCAGCUCACCCUGACAGCCGCGGCCUCGUCGUCGACCUACCACCGCGAACAGCUCUGCGGCGCGCCGGCCAACGCCGACGGGUGGCGCGAUCCCGGCCUCCUCCACAGCGCCGUUCUCACGGGCCUCCGUCCGGAUACGCGGUACUACUACGUGUAUGGCGACGAGGCCUACGGGUGGAGCGCCGAGCGUUCGUUCGUGUCGGGACCGACGGCCGAGCAGCGGGACCGUUCCCUCACCCUCUUCGCCUUUGGCGACAUGGGCAAGACCACCCAGGACGACUCAAAGGAGCACUGGAACCUGGAGGGCGCCUCGCGCAACACCACGCGCCUGAUGAUGGAGGACAUGGCCGCGCAGCCUCGCGACCUCCUCCUCCACAUCGGUGACAUUGCCUACGCCGUAGGCUAUUCCGCCCAAUGGGAUGAAUUCCACGACAUGUCAGCCGCGGGGGGUCGGGUGCAGGUGGAGCCCCUGGCGACGCAGUUGCCGUACAUGACGUGCAUCGGCAACCACGAACGCGACUUCCCCAACUCCGGCUCCUACUACACGGGAUCCGAUUCUGGCGGCGAAUGCGGUGUACCUUAUGAGGCGCGCUUCCCCAUGCCCACCCCGGCACGCGACCAGCCCUGGUACAGCUUCGACUACGGCUUCGUCCACUUCACCUUCAUGUCGACCGAACACGAUUACUCCAUCGGUUCGAAGCAGUGGCUGUGGCUGGAGGAGGACCUGCGCCGGGUGAACCGCAGCGCCACCCCUUGGGUAAUCUUCUCGGGCCACCGCCCCAUGUACAUCAGCACCAAGACGGAGAGCCAUUCGGCGAGACACAUGAGGAAGGAGCUCGAGGACGUGCUCCACAAGCACAAGGUCGACCUCGCCCUCUGGGGCCACAACCACUCCCUUACGUCCGUUGCCUAUUUCCCUUCUAUUAUGGUCAAAACAAAACACCAGUACCAGCGCUCGUGCCCCGUGUACAAGGAGACCUGCGUGCCGGAGGGCCACGGCGUCACCCACGUCGUCAUCGGGAUGGGCGGAUUCCGGUUGGGCCAGGUGGGCGACCACGAUCCCAGCUGGGCGCGCGUGGUCAACAACAAGGAGAACGGCUACACGCGCCUCCACAUCACCCCCUCCGAGCUCGACAUGCAGUUCGUGAGCGACAUCGACGGCGGCGUCAAGGACCACUUCUCGCUCCACAAGUGA